AUGGGCUAUUCAGGCGAGCGGCGAAUAUCACAACCUGCCGCACCCAAGGUUAAAGCACCGAAAGUUAACGUCUGGGCACCUAUCUCCCCUGAUGAUAAUCUCGCUGUCUGGAAUCUACUCCACGAUCCGGCAACAGGUCUGAACCUCACAGACCCCAACAAUGCUACGGUCACAGACAACUAUAUCUACUGGAUUGAUACUCUCCACACCAACAAGUCCACUGUCCUACCGUAUCUCGGUGGUGCCGCUAGCCCGCCGCCAAAAUAUGCGCGAGUAGUCAUCUUCAGCGGAGGCCUGGAGGUCCCAGACUCGCAGGAGUACAUGGUCGGACCUCUUCCCGUCGGCAACGGAACCAAGGUGGAGAAGCUCGACUACAUUUUCAAUGGCGGCAGUGGUGGCAAAAUCCCGUACAACAGCCGCUAUUUUGAUGGCCCUCGCCUGGUAGCCACAGAGCCUCUACUCGUGUCAAUCAUGAGCAACAUCACUGACAUCACGUCUGAACUCAUUGGCGGAGUUUACUACGGCACGAGUGAUAAUCGGACUACCCUCACUUCCACGAGUGGCACGCCCCUGUCUUAUGAUGGUACCCAAGCAUUUCGCACAGUCAUGUUUAGAUACCCCAACACAGCGACAUAUCUUACGCCACUAGACUUCUCCGUUAUGCUAGACGUUACCGGCACAGACGCUUCGCAGUACAAGCUGAGAGGCAUCGUGACGAAUGAGAAAUUCUUUCCUACAGUCGCUGCCUUACAGUCCGCGUGGGAGGCAGGAGAGUUGAAGGAGCAAUUCGAGCAGAGCCGGACACCCGACUGGGGUCUCUUGGAUUAUAAGCCUGAAAUGGGAGUUCGAGACCUCGAGAACAAGCUGGCACCUCAAAGCCUCGAGAUUGGCGGCAAGCGCUACAAGGUCGAUGAGGAACAGAAGUACAUCGAGUACAUGGGGUGGUCCUUUUACACCUCGUACUCUCGAACCCUAGGACUGAUGUACUAUGACAUCAAGUUCAAGGGCGAAAGGGUCAUCUACGAGCUUUCGCUGCAGGAAGCUGCUGCCCAAUAUGCUGGUUUCACACCCAAGGCAGCUGGAACGGUGUAUCACGAUACCCUUGGUACCUACCUGGGCACGCUGGUCGAGGGGUAUGAUUGCCCCUUUGGCAGUACUUUCUGGAACGUCACGCACCACGAGGGCAACUCAUCUGUCGUCAGCACCGAUGCAAUAUGCAUUUUCGAAGCCGAUGCUGGCUAUCCUGUCUCACGCCACCGAUACGGCAGUGGAAACGAGUACGGCUUCAGUUAUCUGGGCACAGUGAAGGCUUCAGCUUUGACCAUGCGAUCUGUAGCGACUGUGGGGAACUACGACUACAUGUUCGACUACUCUUUCCACGUUGACGGUAGUCUUGAGGUCACAGUUCGAGCAUCGGGCUUCCUGCAAUCUUCAUUCUACUAUCCAGACCAGGAGGAGUUUGGGCCCAGAAUCCAGGAGGCGACGAUGGGUUCACUGCACGAUCAUAUUCUGACCUACAAGGCCGACUUUGACAUUCUCGACACCAAGAACAGUCUCGAGGUAAGCGAGCUCGUCUUAGUCAAUACGAGCCAGCCUUGGUAUCCGGAGCUUGGCUCUUUUGAGCAGAUGCAGCUGCAAAAGUCCACAAUGACGGACGAACAACAGUUCAACUGGCAACCAAACAACGCUGCCAUGUACUGCAUCGUGAACCCCAACGCCACAAAUGCGUGGGGCGAGAAACGCGGCUACCGCAUCGUUCCAGGAAAGUCCAAUAUUCAUCUCACGCCGCUUGAUUCUCCUUGGACGAAGCACCAGACGCCGUUCGCCAAGUCACAUCUUGCGCUUUCGAGACAGCAUGACACCGAGCCUCACUCCAACGUCAAUUUACCUCUGAAGCCCCAGCAAGACUUCAUGAAGUUCUUUAAUGGCGAGAGUGUCGAGAACGAGGAUAUCGUUCUCUGGUUCAAUUUGGGCAUGCAUCACUUCACCAGGUCAGAGGAUAUCCCCGUUACGCUUUAUAGCGAGGCUAACUUCAACGAUAGGGCGCAAGACGGCGAUUUGCAGAAUAGGAGAUGGAUCGUUACGACUGGUGAACUUGAGUCUGACACUUAUGGGGUUGAGCUGCCUUCCGAGUGCGAAGUGGGCUUUUCUGAGCCUGUCUUUGGAAUCAAGAAAAAAGAAGAAGCCUAA